CGUCCGUUGUCAAGGCAACACCAAGGCUCGUAUGAGCACACUCGUCUCUGAAGCCUUCGUUCCUCUCACUUUUGUGUUUUUUCUUCACAGCUUCGGUAGCACAACAAGCUAUGUCCGGAGAUAAUAAUGACCUUGAACGAACUUUUUCCUUCCGUUCAGUACCAUCCAGGAAGUUUGCGUUCCUGGAGGAAAAGGAGACCGUAGCUCUGUUGAUGAAAUGGUCGAUGCUCGGGAGACUCUCCGCACAAACGUUCAGCUUUGACCAGAAGUUUCACCUUUACGAGAGCGACAAGUUUGCACUGUGCUUCUUCACAGACGCUAGCGUGCUCUCCAGUGUGAAAAUGAUGGACGGCUGGCAGCCUUUCGACCGACCAGUAGCAUCAGUGGACGUGGAGGUGGUACCAUGCACCAAGGUCUCCAUGGACCUUUUUGACCCCAUCUACACUUGCGGCAUCGUGGCAUCUUCUGGGCACAUCGCUAGAUGCUUCCACGAAGUCUACCCGGACUAUGACAAACUCCGAGAAAUGCUGCAGGCUGAAGACUCAGACAACUACCAUAUAUUGGGGAGCGCCGAGCGAGCGGAGUUUCUGUUUCGCCUCUUCAAAUACCUUUGUCUCGGUGGAGAGCUGAACCAGUAUGAAGACACGAUCGAGCCUUACAUCAAUGUUACCAAAAAAAUCUACAAAGAGCUCAUCAGUGUUCAAAAGGAUCCAGAAACUAAAAGGAUUGCCGUAGUCUCCAUGGUGCUCAAAGUCCAUGUCUAUGAUGAAUCGGGCCAGUGUUACCCCGGCAGCCGUGACGAGGAGCAGACCUUUGCCUACCUCAUUGUGGACCCCUUCAAACGCCACGUGACACUACUCUGCCACUCUUACGGUGUUGGAACCAUGUCACUUUAAUGCUGUAAAUUAUAUUGAAAUACAUUAAUCAAUUCAAAUGCUGAGUACGCAGCUCUCUCUCUCUCUCUCUCUCUCUCUCUCUCUCUCUCUCUCUCUCUCUCUCUCUCGCUCUCGCUCUCUUUUUACAUGCAACAAUAGAAAAACCCAACUCUUUCACGUUGUCAUCAAUAAAGUGUUAAGUAGAUAAAUA